AUGGUUUCCGCAGCUGCAGACCGGUUCUUGGCUGACAAGGCUCCCCCAAUCUGCCGUGUCGAGGUUGCGAAGUCAUUCUCGCAACUCACACUCAAGGAGAAGCUCUACGCUCAUUACGUUGGACAAGCUUCAUGGGCAGGCGCUCGGAUCAUCCAAGAACAGUGGACUCCCCAAGCACUCAGGCUCUAUGAUCUCCUCAUCCUAACCUUCAGCGCCAAUGGAAAGUUGGCCGAUUUGGACGCACUCAGUGAAAAAUCUGGUCUUGCUUCCGAAGAUUUCGAGCAAGUGUUGCAAUAUUCCGCCCAGGUUUUGCACAACUUGGUAAACUACAAGAGUUUCGGUUUCACGAAGAUCGUACCCCGUGUUUCUGAAGAAAAGUUUGCUACUGUAGUCGAGAAGUCAGCCAAUGCAGCCAAUGCAAUCCCGUUAUGGAACGAGUUGAAAGACCAUAUUUAUGCACUAUCACCUGAGAACUCCCUCUCCAUCGGUAAACCAAAGGAUGGGCAUAUCUCCAACUAUUACCUCGGUCAAACGAUCACGGAUGAGGAGGUUGCAGCCGUCCAAGCUGCUGCUGAGAAGAUUGGAGUCGACGUGUUGAACACCCGCGUCCGCAAGAAUGGGCCUCACGACUUUACCCUUCUCGUUGCCUCUGUCAACAAAACUGAAUCGAUCAUUCACGAGAUAAACGCGGAAUCAAGGUCUAUCAAAUUGACCGUCGAGUACGGCGAUUUCUCAGCGGCGUUAGCAGCUGCCGUCGCUGCUUUGCGCGAGGCCAAAAAAUACACGGCAAACGACACUGAGACAAAGAUGAUCGAGGGCUACAUCAAUUCCUUUGAGACUGGGUCGAUUGAGGAGCACAAGGCUGCCUCUGCACAUUGGGUGAAGGAUGUCGGCCCCGUCGUGGAAACCUACAUAGGCUUUAUCGAAACCUAUGUUGACCCAUACGGCGCUCGUGCCGAGUGGGAAGGCUUUACCGCCAUUGUGAACAAAGAGCUUAGCGCCAAGUACGACAUACUCGUCAACGAUGCACCAGAAUUGAUCAAGGUCCUGCCCUGGGGUAAGGACUUUGAGGUCGACGUAUUUAGAAAACCGGAUUUCACCGCAUUGGAAAUUGUGAACUUCGCUACGGGAGGUAUUCCCGCUGGUAUUAAUAACUAUUACGACAUCCGAGAAUCGACUGGCUUCAAGAACGUCUCCCUCGCUGUCAACGAAGAAAUAACCUUCAUCCAUCCUGACGAUCUCGACCUGUACAAUGAAUGGGAUUCACGCGCUUUCGAGCUUCAGGUUGCAAACCACGAACUGUUGGGCCAUGGAUCUGGGAAGCUUUUCCAGGAAGCUGCUGACGGUUCAAAAAACUUCGACCCAGAGAAGAUCAUCAACCCGCUGACUGGGAAGAAAAUCACAUCGUGGUACAAACCUGGUCAAACACCAGGUUCGGUUCUUGGCGAAGUUUCGUCCUCAAUGGAGGAGUGUCGCGCGGAAACCGUUGCCCUCUACCUUGCAAGCAACCCAACGAUUCUUAAUAUUUUCGGCUACACCGAUAAGAAGACUUGCGACGAUGUCGUUUAUAUCACUUUUCUGUUAAUGGCACGCGCAGGUCUACGCGCUCUUGAGUACUAUGACCCUGCCACGAAGAAGCACGGGCAGGCACACAUGCAAGCUCGCCUUGGAAUCACCCAGCACAUGAUUAAGGAAGGUCUAGUGACAUUUGAAGAGGUCCGCGGCGCAGAUAAUUCGCUAGAGAACCUGUACAUUCGACUGGACCGCCAGAAAUGCUUGGCCCAUGGACAGGCUGUUGCAGGAAAGCUCCUCAUCGAUCUUCAAGUCCGGAAGAGCACAGCUGAUGGGGCUGGAGCACGGGAUUUCUACACGAAGCUCACCACGCCUCUUCCAGGAUGGGAGGGCGAGAUUCGGGACGUUGUUCUCAAGAAGAAACUGCCUCGCAAGAUGAUGCUGCAGCCCAACACUUUCGUCGUGAAUGGUCAAGUGGAGCUGAAAGAAUAUCCCUUGACACCAGUCGGUAUGAUUGAGAGCUACAUUGAGAGACGACUAUAGGGAAUUGCGACGGGGCCUGUUUGAUAACGGGUGUGAUAAUAAUUACGACUAUGUGAACUGCAUAACCUAUAAUAUGCAUCAGCAUGUAUCAAAUGAAUCAGUGCUUAUGAAGAUCUCUCACCUGAUUGGCCCAUCGA